AUGGUCUCCAAUCCAGCCACCGGUGAGUACACUUUGCUGCCCCACAAUGGCCACGCCGGCAACAGCAGCAUUGCUUACCUGGGUUUCGACAGUGGCGCGUCCACCCGAGAGUUCCAUGUGUUCGAGUUUCUACACGAAUGGUCACGCCAGAACUGGGGCUCGAAGAAAUCCCUGUCUGUGAUAGCAGUGAGGAUUUACUCCUCAGAAACUGGUGCAUGGGUAGAAAUGGAACCCCAAUGGGACAUCCAAGUUAGCUUGUGUUUUGGUCAGCCUGGAGUUUUCCGUAAGGGGUGUUUGAACCUGCUCACAUAUCAGUCUGUGUUGGCGAUAGUUGACACCGAAGGGGUAAAAUGGAGAACCAUCCUGCUGCCGAUGUUCGCUGCUAAGGGUUUCUCAGGUUUCAUCGGGGAGUCUGCCGGACGGCUACUUUACAUCGACUCCCGUGAUAGUCAAGGAUACAGCUCAAACAGAUCUUUGACUAUAUCAGUUUACGUUCUUAGUGCUGAGAUUUAUAACUGGGAUGUGUCCCACCUGGACGACGAAUGCAUGUACUGGAAUUUCUUGCACAAGUUUUCAAAUGCAGUUCCAAAGAAGAAGUUUCUCAAAGUCAUUGGUGUACACCCACAUGCCAAUCUGAUCUUCAUGGCUUAUUCAAACAAUGAACUGUUGGCAUACGAUUUGGAUCACCAUGAAAGUACAAUUGUAUAUCACCUUGAUCAUGACUACCGGGCAUUUAUGCAAUUUUUCCCAUAUGUGCCACUGCUGUCCUGCCUACCAUUGGAUGGAGGAAUACGUCUGGCAACUCCAAAUUGA